AUGUGGAUCCCUCUAAACAUCUGCUUGUAUCUGUCCUUAAACUGUAUCUCUGCAGCUUUAAUCCUCAAUUCGAGUUCUUGUCAGCUUCAAGGACGCUUCGAGUUAAAUGGGAUGUACAAGGAUGGAGAUCUUAUACUCGGAGGCCUGUUUGAAGUUCAUUUUCUCACAGUGUUCCCAGAACUGAGCUUCAGAACUGAGCCAGAUCCACCGUACUGUGAACAAUUUGAUAUGGCAAGUUUCCAGCAAGCACAGACUAUGAUUUUUGCGAUAGAUGAGAUCAAUAAGAAUCCAAACCUGCUGCCAAAUAUAACUCUUGGUUAUCAUCUGUAUGACAACUGUGUUAUGUUGGGAAUGGCGUUCCGGGCUGCUAUUGCUCUGGUUAGUGGGACAGAAGAGUCCUUUUCCAACCUCAACUGUACUGGACCACCACCAGUCAUUGGAAUUGUGGGAGACUCAAAUUCCACUCCUUCAAUAGCGAUCUCCAGUGUGCUGGGGCUGUUUCGAAUACCUAUAGUGAGCUAUUUUGCCACCUGCUCCUGUCUGAGUGACAGGAAGAAGUAUCCCUCUUUUUUCAGAACUAUCCCCAGCGAUGCCUUCCAGGUGAGGGCUAUGAUGCAGAUCUUGAGACAUUUUGGAUGGACAUGGGUCGGUCUUCUUUACAGUGAUGAUGAUUAUGGCACCUAUGCAGCACAGUCCUUUCACCAAGGGGUGCAGUUGUUUGGAGGUUGCGUUGCUUUUUCUGAAAUCCUGCCUCUUGAUAACAACCGCAAAGAUAUUCGGCAUUUAGUGGGAGUUAUUCAGGACUCUACAGCUAAAGUGGUGGUGGUGUUUGCCACUUCUACUUAUCUGUUGCCUUUAAUGGAUGAGGUGGCUUUACAGAAUGUUACGGAUAGGCAGUGGAUAGCAAGUGAAGCUUGGGCCACCUCUCCUGUGUUUCACACUCAGCGUCUUCUGCCCUUCCUGGGGGGCACACUGGGCAUCGCCAUACGGCGUGGAGAGAUCCAGGGACUUCGGGAUUUUCUUGUUCGUCUCCUUCCUGACAAUGAUCCAAAAAAUAAUAUGGUGAGAAUCUUUUGGGAGAACAUAUUCGGGUGCAGGUUUAAGACUGAAGGCAGUCAGGGAGAAAAAGCAUGUACAGGUCAAGAGGAUCUAAGCAGCACAAACACAGCAUACACUGAUGUAUCACAGUUGAGAGCUUCAUAUAAUGUGUAUAAAACAGUUUAUGCUCUGGCACAUGCACUUCAUGACCUGAUGCAGUGUGAGGAGGGGAGAGGACCAUUCAGUGAGAAUACAUGUGUUGACAUAACCAACCUGCAGCCCUGGCAGCUGGUCCAUUAUCUACAGAAAGUGAACUUCACCACAGGUUUUGGGGAUCGUGUGUCAUUUGAUGAGAAUGGAGAUGCUCUGGCCAUCUAUGAUGUGAUGAACUGGCAGCCGAGCUCUGAUGGGUCCAUCAUUGUCCGAACAGUCGGUGUGGUGGAUGAAGGAGCGGCAAAAGGGAAAGUGCUCACACUGAAUGAAGAUGAAUUAUACUGGAACUCUGAUACAAGAAAACCACCACGCUCUGUGUGUAGUGAGAGCUGCCCUCCAAGCACCAGACGAGCCAGAAGAAAGGGCCUUCCUGUCUGCUGCUUUGACUGCCUGCCAUGUGCAGAUGGAGAGAUUUCCAACACAACAGAUGCAAAUGAGUGCACAGUUUGUCCAGAUGAGUUCUGGUCCAAUCCAGAUAAGGAUCAGUGUAUCCCUAAAGAAGUGGAGUAUCUGUCCUAUGAGGAACCUCUGGGCAUCUCUCUGACCACUGCUUCACUACUCGGCACCUGCUUCUGUGCUCUUGUGAUGAUCAUCUUCGUUCAUCACCGUAACACUCCUAUAGUGCGCGCCAAUAAUUCAGAGCUCAGCUUCCUGCUGCUGCUGUCACUCAAACUGUGUUUUCUGUGUGUGCUGCUGUUUAUUGGUCGUCCACAGUUGUGGACGUGUCAGUUAAGACAUGCUGUGUUUGGCAUUAGUUUUGUUCUGUGCGUCUCCAGUAUUCUGGUCAAGACUAUGGUGGUAAUAGCCGUGUUCAAGUCAUCUCGACCAGAAGGUAAAAGUGCAAUGAAAUGGUUUGGAGCAGCUCAACAAAGAGGCACAGUCUUGGUUCUAACUGCUCUCCAAGUGGCAAUAUGUGUUGUCUGGUUAUCAACUGCAUCUCCAACACCCCAUAAAAACAGUCAAUAUAUUAGUUCUAAAGUAGUGUAUGAAUGUUCUAUUGGUUCAGUGGCUGGAUUUGCUGUGCUUCUAGGUUACAUUGGCUUUCUGGCAGCUGUUAGUUUUCUGUUAGCUUUCCUGGCAAGAAACCUUCCUGAUAGUUUUAAUGAAGCAAAGUUUAUUACCUUCAGCAUGUUGAUCUUCUGCACUGUGUGGAUUGCGUUUGUUCCAGCAUAUGUCAGCUCACCAGGGAAAUAUGCAGUGGCUGUGGAGAUUUUUGCCAUUCUUGCCUCUAGUUUUGGAGUAUUAGUGGCCAUAUUUGCCCCAAAGUGCUACAUCAUCCUUUUACGUCCAGAGAGAAACACCAAAAAAGCCCUCAUGGGAAGAGGCUCAGAAAAGUAA